GCGGUGCGUCGCUGAGCUCAGGCCGCGGCGGCCGCGGAGUAUCCCGGAGCUGCAGACAGCGCGGGCCUGCGCCCAGUCCCGGUUGUUCUCGCCGCGACCCCUCCUCAGCCCUGGGCGCGCGCACGCUGGGGCCCCGCGGGGCUGGCCGCCAAGCGAGCCGGCCGGUCGACCCCAGCCAGCGCAGCGACCCGGCGCCGCCCGGCCCAGGCGCACACGGAAGUGGGAGAAGAUUGAAGUCCCUAUGCUGAUCUACUCUGCCUGUGCAGCUCUGUGAUUUGCAGCCGGUUACUUAUCUCUCUGUACUGUUGUUGACUCAAGUCAUGCUAUAGCUGGUAUUUCGUAUUACAAGGACAGAGUUCAAGAAUUAUCUUCUUGGUUGGAAAUGGAAAGGAGGUAUAUCUGGAGUCAAGUCCAAAUGGAAUCAAAACCUUUGAGAACCCAGCCUUUUCAUUUUCUAAUAGCUAUUCCUCCCUAAAGGAUGCCAGGAGGAAUAUCGCUUCUCUGAAGUAUCUUUGGAAAGUAGAGAAGAAAAUCCAGUCUGCUUCUUGGGGAACACUGGACAGCUGAAUAAAUGCAGUAUCUAAAUAUAAAAGAGGACUGCAAUGCCAUGGCUUUCUGUGCUAAAAUGAGGAGCUCCAAGAAGACUGAGGUGAACCUGGAGGCCCCUGAGCCAGGGGUGGAAGUGAUCUUCUAUCUGUCGGACAGGGAGCCCCUCCGGCUGGGCAGUGGAGAGUACACAGCAGAGGAACUGUGCAUCAAGGCUGCACAGGCAUGCCGUAUCUCUCCUCUUUGUCACAACCUCUUUGCCCUGUAUGACGAGAACACCAAGCUCUGGUAUGCUCCAAAUCGCACCAUCACCGUUGAUGACAAGAUGUCCCUCCGGCUCCACUACCGGAUGAGGUUCUAUUUCACCAAUUGGCAUGGAACCAACGACAAUGAGCAGUCAGUGUGGCGUCAUUCUCCAAAGAAGCAGAAAAAUGGCUACGAGAAAAAAAAGGUUCCAGAUGCAACCCCUCUCCUUGAUGCCAGCUCACUGGAGUAUCUGUUUGCUCAGGGACAGUAUGAUUUGGUGAAAUGCCUGGCUCCUAUUCGUGACCCCAAGACUGAGCAGGAUGGACAUGAUAUUGAGAACGAGUGUCUGGGGAUGGCUGUCCUGGCCAUCUCACACUAUGCCAUGAUGAAGAAGAUGCAGUUGCCAGAACUGCCCAAGGACAUCAGCUACAAGCGAUAUAUUCCAGAAACAUUGAAUAAGUCCAUCAGACAGAGGAACCUUCUCACCAGGAUGCGGAUAAAUAAUGUUUUCAAGGAUUUCCUAAAGGAAUUUAACAACAAGACCAUUUGUGACAGCAGCGUGUCCACACAUGAUCUGAAGGUGAAAUACUUGGCUACCUUGGAAACUUUGACAAAACAUUACGGUGCUGAAAUAUUUGAGACUUCCAUGUUACUGAUUUCAUCAGAAAAUGAGAUGAAUUGGUUUCAUUCGAAUGACAGUGGAAACGUUCUCUACUACGAAGUGAUGGUGACUGGGAAUCUUGGAAUCCAGUGGAGGCAUAAACCAAAUGUUGUUUCUGUUGAGAAGGAAAAAAAACUGAAGCGGAAAAAACUGGAAAAUAAACACAAGAAGGAUGAGGAGAAAAACAAGAUCCGGGAAGAGUGGAACAAUUUUUCUUACUUCCCUGAAAUCACUCACAUUGUAAUAAAGGAGUCUGUGGUCAGCAUUAACAAGCAGGACAACAGGAAAAUGGAACUGAAGCUCUCUUCCCACGAGGAGGCCUUGUCCUUUGUGUCCCUGGUAGAUGGCUACUUCCGGCUCACAGCAGACGCCCAUCAUUACCUCUGCACCGACGUGGCCCCCCCGUUGAUCGUCCACAACAUACAGAAUGGCUGUCAUGGUCCAAUCUGUACAGAAUACGCUAUCAAUAAAUUGCGGCAAGAAGGAAGCGAGGAGGGGAUGUACGUGCUGAGGUGGAGCUGCACUGACUUUGACAACAUCCUCAUGACCGUCACCUGCUUUGAGAAGUCUGAGCAGGUGCAGGGUGCCCAGAAGCAGUUCAAGAACUUUCAGAUCGAGGUGCAGAAGGGCCGCUACAGUCUGCACGGUUCGGACCGCAGCUUCCCCAGCUUGGGAGACCUCAUGAGCCACCUCAAGAAGCAGAUCCUGCGCACAGAUAACAUCAGCUUCAUGCUAAAACGCUGCUGCCAGCCCAAGCCCCGAGAAAUCUCCAACCUGCUGGUGGCUACUAAGAAAGCCCAGGAGUGGCAGCCCGUCUACCCCAUGAGCCAGCUGAGUUUCGAUCGGAUCCUCAAGAAGGAUCUGGUGCAGGGUGAGCACCUUGGGAGAGGCACGAGAACACACAUCUACUCUGGGACCCUGAUGGAUUACAAGGAUGACGAAGGAACUUCUGAAGAGAAGAAGAUAAAAGUGAUCCUCAAAGUCUUAGACCCCAGCCACAGGGAUAUUUCCCUGGCCUUCUUCGAGGCAGCCAGCAUGAUGAGACAGGUCUCCCACAAACACAUCGUGUACCUCUACGGCGUCUGUGUCCGCGACGUGGAGAAUAUCAUGGUGGAAGAGUUUGUGGAAGGGGGUCCUCUGGAUCUCUUCAUGCACCGGAAAAGCGAUGUCCUCACCACACCGUGGAAAUUCAAAGUCGCCAAACAGCUGGCCAGUGCCCUGAGCUACCUGGAGGAUAAAGACCUGGUCCAUGGAAAUGUGUGUACUAAAAACCUCCUCCUGGCCCGUGAGGGCAUCGACAGUGAGUGUGGCCCAUUCAUCAAGCUCAGUGACCCCGGCAUCCCCAUUACGGUGCUGUCUAGGCAAGAGUGCAUUGAACGAAUCCCGUGGAUUGCCCCCGAGUGUGUUGAAGACUCCAAGAACCUGAGUGUGGCUGCUGACAAGUGGAGCUUUGGAACCACGCUCUGGGAAAUCUGCUACAAUGGCGAGAUCCCCUUGAAAGACAAGACACUGAUUGAGAAAGAGAGAUUCUAUGAAAGCCGGUGCAGGCCAGUGACGCCAUCAUGUAAGGAGCUGGCUGACCUCAUGACCCGCUGCAUGAACUACGACCCCAAUCAGAGGCCCUUCUUCCGAGCCAUCAUGAGAGACAUUAAUAAGCUUGAAGAGCAGAAUCCAGAUAUUGUUUCAGAAAAAAAACCAGCAACUGAAGUGGACCCCACACAUUUUGAAAAGCGCUUCCUAAAGAGGAUCCGUGACUUGGGAGAGGGCCACUUUGGGAAGGUUGAGCUCUGCAGGUAUGACCCCGAAGGGGACAAUACAGGGGAGCAGGUGGCUGUUAAAUCUCUGAAGCCUGAGAGUGGAGGUAACCACAUAGCUGAUCUGAAAAAGGAAAUCGAGAUCUUAAGGAACCUCUAUCACGAGAACAUUGUGAAGUACAAAGGAAUCUGCACAGAAGACGGAGGAAACGGUAUUAAGCUCAUCAUGGAAUUUCUGCCUUCGGGAAGCCUUAAGGAAUAUCUUCCAAAGAACAAGAACAAAAUUAACCUCAAACAGCAGCUAAAAUAUGCCGUUCAGAUUUGUAAGGGGAUGGACUAUUUGGGUUCUCGGCAAUACGUUCACCGGGACUUGGCAGCAAGAAAUGUCCUUGUUGAGAGUGAACACCAAGUGAAGAUUGGAGACUUCGGUUUAACCAAAGCAAUUGAAACCGAUAAGGAGUAUUACACCGUCAAGGAUGACCGGGACAGCCCUGUGUUUUGGUAUGCUCCAGAAUGUUUAAUGCAAUCUAAAUUUUAUAUUGCCUCUGACGUCUGGUCUUUUGGAGUCACUCUGCAUGAGCUGCUGACUUACUGUGAUUCAGAUUCUAGUCCCAUGGCUUUGUUCCUGAAAAUGAUAGGCCCAACCCAUGGCCAGAUGACAGUCACAAGACUUGUGAAUACAUUAAAAGAAGGAAAACGCCUGCCGUGCCCACCUAACUGUCCAGAUGAGGUUUAUCAACUUAUGAGGAAAUGCUGGGAAUUCCAACCAUCCAAUCGGACAACCUUUCAGAACCUUAUUGAAGGAUUUGAAGCACUUUUAAAAUAAGAAGCAUGAAUAACAUUUAAAUUCCACAGAUUAUCAAGUCCUCCUCCUGCAACAAAUGCCCAAGCCAUUUUUUAAAAAUUUCUAAUGAAAGAAGUUUGUGUUCUGUCCAAAAAGUCACUGAACUCAUACUUGAGUACAUAUACAUGUAUAAGGCACACUGUAGUGCUUAAUAUGUGUAAGGACUUCCUCUUUAAAUUUGGUACCAGUAACUUAGUGACACAUAAUGACAACCAAAAUAUUUGAAAGCACUUAAGCACUCCUCCUUGUGGAAAGAAUAUACCACCAUUUCAUCUGGCUAGUUCACCAUCACAACUGCAUACCAAAAGGGGAUUUUUGAAAACAAGAGGAGUUGACCAAAAUAAUGUCUGAAGAUGACUGCUUUUCCCUGCUGCCAGCUGAUCUGAAAUGUUUUGCUGGCACAUUAAUCAUAGAUAAAGAUUGAUGGACUUAGCCCUCAAAUUUCAAUAUCUAUAUAGUACUAGACCAUGCAUUCUUGAAAUAUUAGAUACCAGGUAGUAUAUAUUGUUUCUGUACAAAAAUGACUGUAUUCUCUCACCAGUAGGACUUAAACUUUGUUUCUCCAGUGGCUUAGCUCCUGCUCCUUUGGGUGACCACUAGCACCCAUUUUUGAGAAAACUGGUUCUACACGGGGGGAUAGCUGUGGAAUAGAUAAUUAUUUGCUGCAUGUUAAUUCUUGAGAACUAAGCCUGUGCCAGUGCUUUCCUAAGCAGUAUACCUUUAAUCAGAACUCAUUCCCAGAGCCUGGAUGCUAUUACACAUGCUUUUAAGAAACGUCAAUGUAUAUCCUUUUAUAAUUCUACCACUUUGGGGCAAGCUAUUCCAGCAUUGGUUUUGAAUGCUGUAUGCAACCAGUCUGAAUACCACAUAUGCUGCACUGUUCUUAAGAGUGUUUCCAUACUUACCACCGAUCUGCAAGGGUUGAUCCCUGUUUUUACCAUCACCCUAUGGUGCAACACUUGAAAGACACGGCUAGAGGCACUAUGGACUUCAGGAUCCACUAGACAGUUUUCAGUUUGUUUGGAGGUAGCUGGGUAAUCAAAAAUGUUUAGUCACUGAUUCAAUGUGAACAAUUAAUUAAUUAAGGUCUUCACGACCAAGAGUCUGAAAAUCUUUUUGUUAUGCUGUUUAGUAUUCAUUUGAUAUUGUUACUUUUCACCUGUUGAGCCCAAAUUCAGGAUUGGUUCAGUGGCAGCAAUGAAGUUGCCAUUUAAAUUUGUUCAUAGCCUACACCAUCACUAAGGUCUCUGUGUCAAACCUGUGGCCACUCUAUAUGCACUUUGUUUGUUUACUCUUUAUACAAAUAAAUAUACUAAAGAAAGAAGAAA